AUGGAGACUCUCCAUACGCUGCUCCAGGUUCGCCAGGCUCCAAGCACCAACGCCAACGAUGAUCAGAACAUUGGAUCCAGCCGGGGUACCGAUCCCUCGCUGUCUGGGUUGUUGUCCACUCUGGUGCCGACUCUCCUCAUCUCUGUGGUCUACUUUGCCAUAUUCCUACUUCUGCGAACAAAGUUCCCCAGACAAUAUGCUCCCAGGACGUACAUGGGUGCAUUGCGCCCACAGGAGCGAACUCCGCCUCCCCCGGGCUCUCUGCUCGGAUGGAUCCCGUUUAUGAGAAAGCUGCCGGACGAGUACGUCCUCCAGCACAAUUCCCUAGACGGAUAUUUCUUAUUGCGCUAUCUCAAGAUAUCGAUUGUCAUCUGCUUCGUGGGGUGCUGCCUCACAUGGCCUAUCCUGUUCCCUAUCAAUGCAACUGGUCACGGUGGUCAGACACAACUCAACCUUCUCAGCUUUAGUAACGUCAAGGACAAAAACCGAUACUUUGCCCACACUUUCAUCGCAUGGAUCUUCAUUAGCUUCAUCUUCUUCCUGGUCACCAGAGAAAUGAUCUACUACAUCAACCUGCGACAAGCGUACCUUUCGUCUCCACUGUACGCUUCACGACUUUCGUCCCGCACCGUUCUCUUUCAGUCCGUUCCCACCGAAUACGCCAAUGAAGCCAAAAUCCGGCGAUUGUUUGGGGAUGAACUCAAGAACGUCUGGAUCGCCUCGGAUGCUAAAGAGUUGUCUGAAAUGGUUGACGAGCGUUACAAGCUGUGCAUCAAACUUGAGACUGCCGAAACAAAGCUUAUCAAGCUUGCCAAUGAUGCCCGCCUGAAAUCCGUGCAAGGAAAGGAGUCGGAAAUGGGCAACCGACAGGUCGCUAGUUAUGAGGAGGAAUAUGGCAACGAGUCCGGGGCCGCUGCCGCGCGCUGGGUCAGGCCCAAGGAUCGGCCGACACACCGGUUGAAAUUCCUGGUCGGCAAGAAGGUCGACACUAUCAACUGGUGCCGUGAGGAAAUCGCAAAACUGAACCCACGCAUUGAAGCCGAGCAGAACAAGUACCGGUCAGGCGAAUCCAAACCCAAGAAUGCCGUGUUCGUGGAAUUUUGGAACCAGACGCAGGCGCAGAGCGCAUUUCAAAUGGUCGCUCACCAUCAACCGUUGCAUAUGUCUCCUCGCGUCGUCGGCCCUAGUCCGGAAGAGAUUGUGUGGUCGAACUUGGGCAUCACUUGGAAAACUCGGACUAUCCGCAACAUCGUCUCAUUGGGGUUUGUGACUGCGCUCAUAAUAUUCUGGUCGAUCCCGGUUGCUGUUGUUGGGUCCAUCUCCCAGAUAUCCUAUUUGACCAAGGUCGCGCCGUUCCUGAGCUUCAUCAACGACUGCCCCAAAAUCAUCCUGGGGGUGAUCACCAACCUGCUUCCUGUGGUUCUACUUUCGGUCUUGAUGUCCCUGGUGCCAACCAUCAUGAAAUUCAUGGCCAAGGUUGCCGGGAAGCCUACCGCAUCUCUUAUAGAACUCCGAUGUCACGAGUCCUUCUUUUGGUUCCAGGUCAUCCAAGUCUUUCUAGUUACGACCAUGACAUCGGCAGCUAGCGCCGCUGUCCCACAAGUCAUCAAGAACCCCGGAUCUGUGACGAGCUUGUUGGCCGAGAAUCUCCCACUCUCUUCGAACUUCUACAUCUCGUACUUCAUCCUUCAAGGGUUGGUGUUCUCUUCGGGACAGCUCCUGAGAAUCAGCGGGUUGGUUGUCUCCAACACGUUGUCAAAGAUACUGGACAAGACACCUCGAAAGAUGUACAACCGAUGGUCCAUCUUAUCAUCUGUUGGCUGGGGGACCACCUUUCCCGUCAUGGAGUUGAUGACGGUGAUUUCCAUCACAUAUGCGGCAAUUGCUCCUCUCAUGCUGGGCUUUGCCACCAUUGGUCUCGGGCUAUUCUAUUUUGCUUUCCGAUACAACCUCCUCUUCGUCGACAGUUCGGCCAUUGACACCAAAGGCCUGGUCUACGCCAAAGCCUUGCAACAUACUCUGGUUGGGUGCUAUCUGGCAGCCAUCUGUCUCAUUGGACUCUUUGCGAUUCGGGCAGCUAUUGGACCGCUCGUCCUGAUGGUGGUGUUCCUGAUUUUCAUGAUUCUCUAUCACAUCUCUCUGACAUCGGCCAUUAAACCGCUUUUGCAUUUUCUGCCGCGAUCUCUCGAAGUCGAGGAAGCUGCCUUGCUCGACAACGGAUCCCCAACCUUGACUUCUGCGGAGACUGACGGGCAGGACCACGCGUAUGAAAAGAACGCAAUGCAGGAGCUCAGGAGUAGCAAGGCGUCCAUGACGCCUGAAGGAAACCAAGCAAUGUCAAGGCUGAAAAAGUUCCUCCGACCCGACAUCUAUGCCAGCUACGGCGUGCUGCGGAAAUUGGUUCCGCAGGACUUUGCGGAGAUACGAUAUUCGCCUGAAGUUGAGAGGGACGCCUACCAAGAUCCGGCCGUCAACGCCGCUCCUCCUCUACUGUGGGUGCCUUGUGAUAAGAUGGGCGUGUCGAAACAGGAAUGCCUGCAUACCAACAAGGUGACGCCGAUGACGGACGAAGGUGCAUAUUUCAACGAAAAGGGCAAGAUUCUUUGGGACGAGGCGGCGUCGGGCGGACGACCCCCUAUUUUCGAGGAGAAGAUAUACUAUUAA